AUACGUGUUGCUUUUAGUCCCAGUGGACAGAGUUUACUCUGACAAACAGCAGCCGAAAACUGAGGGGGAAGAACCAGCUGCUGCAAACACAGACAGGAGACGGUUUUACAAAGAGGAGCGACCUCAUUGUGGAUGAAAAACAACGAGAAAAAGGUAUGACAUGACUAGUUUCUUGUCAAACAUGAAGCAACGAGCCUUAGUGAAAGUUAGUGAAGGAGCAGAGAGGUGUGUGUGGUGUAGUGUGAGGCUAUCCCUUCAUUUUUAUAAGAGAUACUAAUAAACACUGCUGUCUUUCAAACAGCCAAUUAACAUGCGAUAUUUUGUUAUUGUUUCAGACACCGGUGUCAAGCUUUUCUUCAUGUCAAUGAGAGGAGAGGACCUUAAGUUUGGGGGGGAGAAACAUCAUCAUCCCUCUGCUGUGAAAAGACAGUGAAUAUUUUCCUAAAGGACACAUGCUAUAGACUCCUCCUGUGUUGUCGUUGUUUUCUGCUGGAUAUUCCUUGAGAGCCCCGCACAGAUAUGGAUGUGGCGGCUGAUCAGCCACGCUGGAUGCACCACCACGCCGUGCUGAACGGACAGCACCCAGACUCUCACCACCCCGGCCUGGGACACAACUACAUGGAGCCCACGGCGCAGCUGCUGCCUCCGGAUGAGGUGGAUGUUUUCUUUAAUCACCUGGACUCGGGAAACCCGUACUCCUACAACUCCCCACGAACCAGGGUAUCCUACAGCCAGGCGCACGGUAAGACAGAGACCCUGACACAGGGCACAAAUCGACAUCAACAUAUAUUAACAAUAUAUAUGAGGGGAAAAUGUCUUCUUGUUUUAGGUUUUAAGGGAAUAACGGUUAUUUCACUUUUUGACUAUUGUUUUAAUCAAAAUGUAAAUAAUUUUCCAUCGUGAAAACAUGUUUAGAUGAUGAAAUUGUCCUUUCUGUGGUUCUUGAUCAUAUAUUUUUAAUUUAAAUCAAAAGAUCUAACUGGAAAAGGCACAUUUGCAUACAUGCAAUCGUGAACUCUUUUUAGGUCCAGGUCUAUUUCUAUUAAAAAAAAAAGGAAGUAAAGAAAAAAAAGUGUACAGUGAUUUUAACUGACUUUGAGCACACAUUUAAAAUCAGGAAACUGUGUCCAUAAAUCAACAAGUCUGUUAUUUUUGUCACCUUCACUCAGUGCUUUAUGAGCCCAAUAUUUAUGUACCUAAUAUUUUUUUGCUUCUGUGUUUUUUUUGUCAGCUCGCCUCACGGGCACUCAGGUCUGCCGGCCUCCCAUCCUCCACAGCCCGGGCAUGUCAUGGUUGGACGGAGGGAAAGCAGCCCUGUCAGGCCUCCACCACCACAACGCCUGGGCCGUCAGCCCCUUCAGCAAACCCAGUCUGCAUCACCCAGGCUCUGCGUCCCCCGGGGGUCUCUCCGCAGUGUACCCCUGCAGCAGCACCUCAAACACGGUCUCAGCCUCCUCGCUUACACCGCCGUCCCACUCCAGUCCGUCUCUUUACACUUUCCCGCCUACACCGCCAAAGGACAUAUCACCGGACCCCGGGGCCAUGUCUCCCUCCGCCAGCAGGAUGGAGGAGAAGGAAUCUAUCAAAUACCAGGUGUCGUUACCGGAGGGGAUGAAGAUGGAGGGCUCUCCUCUGAGGAGUAGCCUGACCUCCAUGAGCGCUCAGACCCCCUCCACCCACCACCCUAUACCGACAUAUCCCACCUACUCUUUCUCCGCGGCGCACGAGUACGGCGGCAGUUUGUUUUACCACAGCAGCCUGUCGGGAGGUUCACCGAGCUUCACAUCCAAGAACAAGGGCAAGACACGGUCCUGCACCGGUGAGUGUCCUGAAAAGAGAGUCCGGUUAAUCCACAAAUCCAUAACAUGUGAAUUGUUUAAAAAAUUUAUAACUUUAAUCCCUAUAAAUUUGUCCUCUUUUGAACGUGUCCGCCAAUUUUAUUUUAUUUUUUUUACAAAAUCUAUAGCCUAUAAAACAAAAGGUAUUUUCAAGAAAUGGAAGAGUCUUGAUAUUUCUAAAUGUAGUAAACACUGUCUUGUAGAGAUUAUUAAAUUUUCCAUCCUAGGGCGUGGUUCUGCACAGUUUUCAGAUGGCAUAUUUCUGCAAUAUUUAUCACCAAUGCCACUAGUGAGUCAAUAUUCCUAUUAAAGAGUGCAUUCACAUCCAAACACAGACUCAAACUCAAACAUUUAAGAUUGGGAUGGUUCACGGUCGUAAUCUAUUUAUAAGAGUCUCAUUAUACAAAUUUCAAUGAGACAGAACUGAAAAAAAUGGGCAAGCCAAUUUUUUUUAACUAUUUGAAUUAAGCCAAUUUACCAUUGAAAUAUAUAAAGACUAUUAAUAUUAUUAAACAAAUAGUUUCUGUAUGCCAAACCAUUAAAUACGCCUUCAGAUAAACAACACCAGAUUGAAAUCUUUUGACAUUUUUGCUUGACAUGACCUGCUUGUUGUACACACUGCUAUUUAAUCCGUCACAAUUUUGAAAUAUCAGAGUAAUUAUAUUAGAAAAAACAGAAUGUUGCUGUAUAAGAAAAACUAGCCUAUACUUUUUGUCAUUGCUUUUCCACAUCUGAGCCCCCUGAAACAAAAGAGCAGAGUUGAUCAGCUCCUGUCAUUGAGUGUGACUCUGUAAUAACACUAGACUUAACCGGAUCAAGCCCAAAGGUUUGCAAAGAUCAUCCAGGAGUGCAUGGAGCCAAAACCUCGUAGGCUGGGACUCUUAGACGUGAACACGCUGUCCUGAUUCUCUCUUGAUAGGAGUAUGACUGCCAGUAUAGGCUUGGUUGUGUUGAACCUGUGUCUAGAGUUGGCUGACAUCAACUCACUGUUAAUAACAUGUUUUCAUUAAAUCAGGGCUAAUAUUUUAAUUUCCUGCAACAUUUAUCCUUGUGACUCUGUUUUAAUUAUAACAUAGAUUGUUAUUGUUAAAUUAGAAGAAAAAAGGAUCUUUAUUCUCAAAUGUUUUCACAUAGUUGUUUUCUUGGAUUCAGAUCUUUAUUUUUUGUAAUGCGGUAUUUAAUUGACCUGGUUAUUUUCUCAUAGUAUAAACUGAUGUUUUCACACAGGGCAACUUGAAUCUUAAUACUUUUGCCAAAGCGCAACUUUAAGAGUCUCUUAAUGAGCCUGUGUGUGAAUCAUAAAGUUAAAAACAACAUGUAGCCUACUUUAUCCUGAACUGAAGGUGCAAUUCGUGUGAAUACAAAAAAGAUGACUUUGAAAGUGUGCAGUCAAGUAAAAGAACUCCAUGCUAUUGUUUGUGUUUGAGCAAAAUCAGAUUUGAUGUGUGAUGUUUAGAUUUCACAUGUGUGUUGUCUUCCUCAGAGGGCCGCGAGUGUGUGAACUGUGGAGCAACCUCUACCCCUCUGUGGAGACGUGACAGUACAGGACAUUACCUGUGCAACGCCUGUGGACUGUACCACAAGAUGAACGGCCAGAACAGACCACUCAUCAAACCCAAACGCAGGCUGGUCAGUCUCAUUCAUUUAAACUUGUGUGUAUCUGCGUGUCUGUGUGUGUCUUAGUGUGUGUGUGCAUACAAGGAGGCUGCAGUAAAUAAAGAGUGUAAUGUGGAGGGAGAGAGGGAGGAGGUUUACAAUCGCAGGAAAGUUAUAUUUUCCCUAUCAGUUUCCAGGAAUUGUGUUUGUGGCUCACCUCUGACUCUUUCAGCUGAGGCUGUUCGCACAGAGGGACUAUCUGUGCUGUUUCUGUUAUCAUUAUUACUGCUGCUUCUGAUACUGUCAUUGAUAGCAGAGCCAGCUCCCCAUCCCUCUAAACAACCACUAGACCAUGCUCCUGCUUACGGCUCAUAAAUGAAUUAUACUGUGCAGUUUUCAGUUUUUUAAUCUCAGUUUGGUUUUGCUGUUUUUGGUUCAAUCAUGAUAGGUGUCUUAAGACUGGGUUUCCCCCUUAAUUUGGUAUCUUUUUAUGUUUUCCUUUCUUUUGGAAGUGAACAUUUCUGUCUUUCAUGAUUAACUUUUAAAAAAACCAUAAGAUAAUAUGAGCUUGUGUCGUCCAAAGCUAGAGUUAUAAUACUCUUUAAAAGUGUGUUUUGGAGAUUCACCAUUUCUAAAGGACAGAUAGUGAGUGUAAAAGGACAGGGCACAUUUGAACAGUUCAGGGUCACAUUUAAACAUUUCACAUGUGAAACUCUGACCAAACUUCAUGACAUUUUCAUCUAACUAAACAUUUCAAAUCUGUAAUUACCUGACUGACUGAUCAGAUUCAGCAAAGCAAAACCAAGGGGGGUGGAAGUUUGGGUAUGUUAAAUUUAAUCUUAAUAAGAUACUUGAAAGAUGAGCAUCAAGUAACCUGUCAAAUCUUAAAAGUAAUACAAAUUACAGGACCAAUUAGUAAGUUUUAGAGUCUGUCAUUGUAAAAAAAAAUGUUCCUCGAGCAAAUCAUAAUCCUGAAUUAAAGUCCAAGCGUUUUAUUUGCAGCUUUAAUGAUUUUAAAUAGACCUGAUUGUCAGCUGCAUGGACUGUGUGUUGAAGACAGUGAAAUAAACAAAAAGUGCAUCUUCAGUGUGCAGUCGUAUUCAGAGUUUAUGGACACUUUUGGAAAUGGGAUUUGGAACAAAUCUGGACAAACGCGCGUGGAUGACAUCGCGAAUCUAUAAUUAAUGGACGUAAAAACUGUGUUUUUUUUUAAUAUAUAUAAAAAAAAGAUCAAUAUGAAAGCAUGCACGCGCAGAAAACGCUCCACCUCGCCCCUAACAAGUAGAAAGUCCAGCGGGAGGCUGUAUUAUGGAGCGCAAAGACUAAUCGAUAAAAACAAAUCUUUCGGUUAGUUGUUCGCACAACUCGCUUCAGAUGGCUAAAUCAUCGAUUCUUGGCGCACUCGGGCUGUUUUUGAGUCCACACCGAUGCCACAAACGGGUCUAAAUCUGCGCCACAAACACCUGUCUGUCCACCUCAUAGAAAAUAUACGAGCAUUUAUUCCAGCGCCUAUAUGUCAUGAUGGUUGACUCAAUCAUAUAUCAGGCUGGUUUCCGUACGGCUCGGUGGACCCGGAGCUCUCUGUGUUCAGAAGCAGCAGCUUCCACUUGUUUCCUCUCCGGAUGUGUGACCGGUCCAGAUAUAUCAGCGGGGCCAGCGCCUGUUUCCUGCUGCGGCCUCCGCGCUACAGGCUCUGCGCUUUCUCCACAGUGGUCAAGCUCUCCGUCCGUGACAGAGAAAGUACAGAGUGAAAAAGAAAAAAAAAAAACAGGCGAGGGAAAGUUUUGGAAGCUGAUACAUGACCUAACUCCACAAAUAUGGGCUUAGUGGUGCCAUUUGAAGUAAUAAUAAACAAAAAACAACAUGUGCAUGUAGAUUUUUUCUUAAUAAGACCAUUUUGGGUGGAAGUUUAUCUAUUAGUAGUCUUAUUACAACCAACAAGGAUGCUGCAAUGAGACAGCAGCUAUUUUUACUUUUGGAAAACUCUUAUUGUUUUAAUGCAAUUCAUUAAAUCAGUGGUUCUGAACUGGUCUCACUCUGGGACCCUUAUUUUCCUAUGGUCCUUAAGUGUGACCAACUUUUAUAGAAAUCAAACCAAACAAUUUUUUUUACAUAAUAAAAACCUGUAAAGACUCUAAUCUUUAACAUAAAUCCACUUGUUUUAUUGAGUAAGGUGUAUUCCAGAGCACAUGAAGGGGACAACAUGAGGACGACAACUACUGAAGUUGCUUGUACAGAAAAUAUCAAAUAUCUAAUGAAUAUCGCACUCAAUAUUUACUUUUUAGAUUAGCUGUUCGUGACCCAUUCAGAACGUGUCCACGACCCACUUUUGGGUCGAGACCCACCAGUUGAGAACCACUGCAUUAAAUGAAUCUCCUGGUAUGAUUUUAUAUUUGGGUCUUUCAUUUAAAAUCGGAUGUCUGUACGGUGAAGAGGAGACUCCCACAAAAAAGUCUUUGUUUCCUUGGCCUGCACUUAAAAGAUUCUUUUCAAGGAAAAUUUAUAGUCAACAGUAGUGAUUGCCAAGUUAUCAGCUGGGUGAUGUUAUAACAAAAAAUACAAAAAAAGUACCAUCCUCAGCUUCUUCUGUCACACCAAAUCACCCUUUUAAACUCACAAAUAGGCCUACUUAGGUUAUUGACUCUAAUCUCUUUGCAUGUUGAAAAAAAAUCAUUAGUACUGACAAGUAUUGCUAAUUUGAUUCGUCACCUUUCUUGUGCUGUUCUUCCUGGUCUCUAAUCAAAGCUCCAUCCAUAUUUCUCCACAGUCUGCUGCCCGACGAGCAGGCACCUGUUGUGCUAACUGUCAGACUACUACCACCACACUCUGGAGGCGUAAUGCAAACGGAGACCCUGUGUGCAACGCCUGCGGCCUCUACUACAAGCUGCAUAAUGUAAGUGUUUAACUGCUGAUCAGUAGUCUGGGUCUGCACAAAGCCAACGGGGUCAAGUAGAUGGGAAGUGUAGCCAGGCAGGUUACACAGAUUGUUGAGAGAGAGAGAGAGAGAGAGAGAGAGAGAGAGAGAGAGAGAGAGAGAGAGAGAUACUGUUGGGUGUUUUCUUUCUUUGCCUUAUUGUUUCCAUAGGAAGCAUAAUCCCCUUGAGAGUCAUGAUUGUGGGACUGCAACAAGAGCAGUCCACUUGCGAAUAAGUGGAGGCACUGGAGCAGAUUAUGGUAGCACAGAUGUAAACUUUUAAAGGGUUAAUCUAGUGAUACAUUCAGUAUUCUCUCAAUGUCAGCAAAGACAAGACAAAAAAACAUCAUUGAACCUGUCUGGUCGACAAGAUCUGCUGUUCAGCGGUUCAGCCAAAGACUUAUUGUUGGAUUUUUCUCAUCAAUAGACUUCUGGUUCAAACUGGUUCAAAUCAUCAUUUAGCAAUGCGUUUUAAUCUGCAUCAAAAAAGUAGUCCCGGACAAAUGAAAAUUUUAAACAGUUUUUGCUAAGUCUGCUUCAACUUUAAAUGAUUUUAAAAUAUGAACAUUGGCAGACUUGAAAUUGAAGGUGUGAAAUCGGGAUGACUGACGCAGUUGGGUUUUUUGUUUUUUUGGAUUAGAUCAAAACCACAAAAAUAUACCAACACAUCACUAGACUUUUGCCUAAAAGACCGAACAACCUUAAAACAACUCAAAAAUAGGUGAUGAAUUUUAAUGUGCAUCUCAUGUAUUUGUUUUACUGUCCCUCUCCUCUCCACAGGUGAACCGGCCACUGACGAUGAAAAAGGAGGGAAUACAGACACGCAACCGAAAAAUGUCUAACAAAUCUAAGAAGAACAAGCGGUGCAGCGACAGCUAUGAGGAAUACACAAAGAGCUUUCACGACAAGAGCUCUCCCUUCAGCGCUGCCUCUCUGGCUGGACACAUGUCCAUGAGCCACUUGCCGCCAUUCAGCCACACUGGACACAUGCUCCCUACGCCCACCCCACUACACCCGUCUUUUGGGCAUCCACACCACUCCAACAUGGUUACGGCCAUGGGUUGAAGAAGAGGAAAACUAUUUAAACCUGAGAACGUUGGGGAACUUUCUCUUGAUUGAGAACAGAUGCAUUGUGGGAGAACAGGACCUGUUCACUCUUUAUCUACUGGUACUUAUUCAGUCAGAGGAAGGCGAGGGGACAUAUUCUCCUUCUCAUCAGCCAGACACACACAUGUAUACACAAAAAUGUCAUUGCACCUGGUAGUUCUGCCACUUCAUUAUGGCUCAUUAUGUGCCGAAAAGGUUUAUAUAAACUGUGAAUACUGUAAAUAUGUGACCCUUGAAGGGGAUGUCCUAGACUGAGAAACCCCUUUCACCACUUCAGAAAUUAAAUAUGCUGGAUUUUUUUUUUUUUUUUGUGGACAAUUUUAAUGAAAUUUUCACAAAGAAACAAGCAAACAAAAACAAAUUUGAUGACACUGUUUAUUAUAGUUAUUGUUAUUGUUAUUAUUAUAAUUAUUAAUGUUAAUAAGAUAAUUUAUUUUCACUGCCUUUUUGCUUUGACUAUAUCACCUCAAUCAUGGUAUGGAUCCUGUUACAGCAGUUAUAAAUAUAUUUUUAGCUGAAGCGCUCUCUCUGAGCUGGUCGACAUUUAUACUCGUACGAAAUAAAAAGAUCAACUUCACAAUUUGAUAUCCGGUAUUCAUUGUAUACACACAUAGUCAUAACAACAACAGAUGCAGGAAUUCACAUUACUUAUUCUGUCCUUUAGGUUAUAACACAAUGUAAUAUGUUGAACUUAAACAUAAUGAAAUUCUUAAAAAUGUCCUGAUUUACUAACACACUUUUUAACACUCAGUUCACACAGCAGAAAGUCACUCCUCUUUGUUCAUUCCUAUAGUAAUAGUAUCUAUCUGUGGUUUAUCUUCUGUACAUUAAAUGGUCUUUUACUUUGCAUGCAUCCCUGUCUAUCCCUUAGCAACAAAUUAAAGGUACAAUGCCAUAUUUUCAUAAACUGCCUAUGUUUGUAAAAAAUUGAAGUUUAAUUUUGCAUAGAAAAUAAAAAAAUUAGAACUACAAAAUCCAACCACCAACACCUUCAAAUCCUGCUCAUAAUAUUCAUAAGACCCAGAAAGUUCUGUACAUACAUCUCCUUCAUUAAAGACUUACUGUUUUCAUCCUGCUUUUAAACAAAAAAAUGAAAAAGCAGUUAAGGUGCAGUAUGUAGUAUUUAGUGACAACUAGCGUAUGUAAAAGAACAUAUAGGGUCCUAGCAACUAAACAUCUUUUUAACUUUGCCUAAUUUCUUUAGCAAAGAGACUAAACACAACUCACCUACUCUCUUCCAGCAGCCGUUUGCUUGUAUCGAGACUUCAGGCCAGUCCAUUACGGACUGCUGCGGAGUUUCGCAGAUCAAGGAAGAACACUUAUGAUAAUUUCUUUAUGGAAAUGCAACCAGACUGAGACGCUGAGGCAGAAGAACUAUCGCGUCUGCAGUGCAAAAUGAUUAAUAUGGUGAUUAUUACUUCAAGGAAAUUAUAAUAAUAAUACAUUUUAUUUAAAAGUGCCUUUCUGCACACUCAAGGACACUGUACAGGGCAUUGAAAACACAGUUAGAAACACAAUUAAAUAAAUAAAAACAACAAAGAAGUAUGAAGGUGGAUAGUUAGAGAGAAUAUGCGAUUAAGUAAUGAUCAUAAAUGUUCUUCCUGCAGUUGUUACUAAAGUUGGUAAAACUAGAGAAGCAAGUGGUUGGCAACAUUCAUCUCUCGAGGGGGUGUCUAACUUGGUGUUAUGGUGUGUUUGACCCUAAAUUAAUUUUACGCCGGAAUAUCCCUUUAAGUGCAGGCCCCUUUUCUGCACAGGGCAUCAUCAACAGCUCAUUCACGUUCCUACAGUGAUACAAAUCAAACAAACCAAUGACACCUGCUUUUUUUAAAUUUAGUGAGUGGUCACAUUAAAGGCAGCAGCUGCAAGUUGAAGAAGGCCACUGUGUCCACACCGACAUGAGAUGUGGACAUGGGAGCAUUUUACUUCAGAAUAUGACAGCUAGUUAUCAUUAAAUGUUCUUAUUUCUACACACAGUACCUUUGAGGGGACUUACUGUGUUUUAAGAGAAGAACCAGCCGAAUCUUUCCAUCUUGUCUUUGGGAAACCAUAAAAAAAAAUCAUGCAUAUUGUCUAACUAGCAUAGAAAAAGGCUUUUGUAACACUCUGCAUAACAAGUUUUGCCCUGUCAUCAUCUUUCAGGUCAAGCUUCGCAGCUCUUCUUCACAGCACAGUAUCAGUGUAUUGAUGUUUCCGCCUUUAACACAAGGCAUCGCUUUCUAAUAAACAGAUUACUUCACUGAAAGCUGGAGAUUAGAGAAACUGAGCAGGAUGAGCCAUAUGUUCCUACAAUUACUUAACCAGUCGCAUCUGCUCAUUAGAUAAUACUCUUGUGAAAUUGGCCUUAUUUUCAGUCGGUUACAUGAUGUUGCUCAAACUGUGACAUAAGACAUUUCCUAUUAACACUGUCCUAUCUCACCAUGUUAGUCAUGUUUCAGACACGGGACAGGAUUUUUGAUUAGGUUUUUCUGCAUUGCAAAAACUUUUACAAUACGUUGCAUUUCUUACUUCAUUGCCAACAAAACACUUUUCAUAUUUUCUUAUUUAAAACAAGUUUAAUAGAAUAGAAUAUAGAAUCGAAUAUUCCUUUAUUGAUCCCCCAUGGGGGAAAUUUUUUUUGCCACAGCAGCAUCACAGACAAAGAGUGCAAAAAUGCAGUUAUAAAAAUAAAGAUCCUAAUAUCAAGAACAACAACAACAACAACAACAACAACAAAACAUUAUCAGGGAGGUCAGGCAAAGAAAAAAAAAGACUGAGCAUAGGUGGCUCUUAUAAGAAAGAACCCCCACCUCCUAAUUUACAAUAACAGCUAGCUAUGAAUGAUUAUUCAUAGCUAGUGAACAGGUUGGCCCAUUGAAAUUAAAAAUAUCUGUUUAUAGGAAGACCUGACCAAGACAGCAGCAAAAACACAAAGACACACAAGAAACCACUGUACAGUCCAUAAGUACUAAAAUUACCACAUAAAAGAGAAACUAUCUUAGAGUCAGAUGUGCUAUCAGAUAAACUAAUAAAAAUGUUCAUAAGGA